GCGCCCGGCUCCCCCCGGCACAGUCCCCUCGCAGCGGCAGAUGUGCGUGGGGGCGGCCCACGGCGGGGACUAUGGUGAAAUUCCCGGCGCUCACGCACUACUGGCCCCUGAUCCGGUUCCUGGUGCCCCUGGGCAUCACCAACAUCGCCAUCGACUUCGGGGAGCAGGCCUUGAACCGGGGCAUCGCGGCCGUCAAGGAGGACGCGGUGGAGAUGCUGGCCAGCUAUGGGCUGGCCUACUCGCUGAUGAAGUUCUUCACGGGGCCCAUGAGCGACUUUAAGAACGUGGGCCUGGUGUUCGUCAACAGCAAGCGGGACCGGACCAAGGCGGUGCUGUGCAUGGUGGUGGCGGGGGCUGUUGCUGCCGUCUUCCACACCCUGAUCGCAUACAGCGACCUGGGCUACUACAUCAUCAACAAGCUGCACCAUGUGGACGAGUCCGUGGGGAGCAAGACGAGAAGGGCCUUCCUGUACCUGGCUGCCUUCCCCUUCAUGGACGCCAUGGCCUGGACCCACGCGGGCAUCCUCCUGAAGCACAAGUACAGCUUCCUGGUGGGCUGCGCCUCCAUCUCUGACGUCAUAGCGCAGGUGGUCUUCGUCGCCAUUCUGCUGCACAGCCACCUGGAGUGCCGCGAGCCGCUGCUCAUCCCCAUCCUGUCGCUGUACAUGGGCGCCCUGGUGCGCUGCACCACGCUGUGUCUCGGCUACUACCGCAACAUCCACGACGCCAUCCCCGACAGGAGCGGCCCCGAGCUGGGGGGAGACGCGACCAUAAGGAAGAUGCUGAGCUUCUGGUGGCCACUGGCCCUCAUCCUGGCCACGCAGCGGAUCAGCAGGCCCAUCGUCAACCUCUUUGUCUCCCGGGACCUUGGGGGCAGCUCUGCAGCCACGGAGGCAGUGGCGAUUCUGACGGCCACGUACCCUGUGGGCCACAUGCCGUACGGAUGGCUGACGGAGAUCCGCGCCGUCUACCCUGCCUUCGACAAGAACAACCCCAGCAAUAAACUGGUGAGCACCAGCAACACGGUGACGGCCGCCCACAUCAAGAAGUUCACGUUCGUCUGCAUGGCCUUGUCUCUGACGCUUUGCUUCGUGAUGUUCUGGACCCCGAAUGUCUCCGAGAAGAUCCUCAUCGACAUCAUCGGGGUGGACUUCGCCUUCGCCGAGCUGUGUGUCGUGCCCCUGCGCAUCUUCUCCUUCUUCCCUGUGCCAGUGACCGUGCGCGCGCACCUCACCGGCUGGCUCAUGACGCUCAAGAAGACCUUCGUGCUGGCGCCCAGCUCAGUGCUCCGCAUCAUCGUGCUCAUCGCCAGCCUGGUGGUCCUGCCCUACCUGGGGGUCCAUGGCGCCACCCUGGGCGUGGGCUCCCUCCUGGCCGGCUUCGUGGGCGAGUCUGCCAUGGUGGCCAUCGCCGCCUGCUACGUCUACAGGAAGCAGAAGAAGAAGGCGGAGAACGGCACGGGCACCGAGGGCGAGGACUCGGCCAUGACGGACAUCCCCGCAGCCGAGGAGGGCGCCGACGUGGUAGAGAUGCGGGAGGAGACCGAGUAAGGCCCCCCGCCCGCCCGCC